AUGGCUUGGGCGGUUGAGGACUUGGAGUACGACGGCCUUUGCACCCAUUCUCCUCUGAUUGAUGGGAUCGCUGGCGAGGAGGACGGACUGAGCCCUGAGCAGCUCGCCCUGAAGCAGGUGGAAAUGGAGGCGCGACGUGACGCUUCAGAAGCCGCUUCACAGCAAAAGUACUCGGCCAAGACGUUAUCAACCAAGUGGAUGCGCGAUCGCAAUGCGCUCGAAACGCACAAUGCUCGCGACAUCCACCUCUCGAAGCUCCCUGGCUAUAUCAAGCCAGCAAAGAUCCUGAAGCAUCCCGCUCAAAAGGCCCGCGAUGAUGCCAUGAAGGCAUCAAAAAAGUACCAUUGUGCUACAUGCAAUGCCAGCUUCCCUACUCCCUCCGGCCUUGCCACGUAUAACAAUGGUCGGAACCACAAGCUUGCGCUGGUUCGGGCGUCGUCCUUGGACGACGUCUAA